ACGUACUCAUAGGCCCUACUACGCAGUGACAUAACAGUCGCUCGACGGCCAUUUGUAAAAGGCUAGCAAGCAAAAGCAACCACUGUUCCGAGAGGUGCAUGGUGAUCGCCGUUCAAGGCCGGAACCCACUACUGCUUAGCGCAAAUACCGCUCCAGGGCUUGAGGCACACUCCAGGACUCGAUCGCGUGUCGGCGGAGUCGCAACCACUACCUACCCUCGACGCAGCGACGACAGUAUGGCGUCUGGCGAGCACAGUUUCAUGGCGCAGCCAGCGCAGCCUCCAGUUCCGUCACCGCUGGCCCCGCAGCCCAGCAACGGCGCAUCGAACAGCCCAACGUCGCAGGCGGUCCCGCCUGGCCAUCCCUCAUUCAGACGGCAGCGCGCCAGUCGAGCAUGCGAGACAUGCCAUUCGCGCAAAGUCCGAUGCGACGCCGCCUCGUUGGGUGUCCCCUGCACCAACUGCACCGCCUUCUCCAUCGAAUGCCGCAUCCCUACCCCGAAGCGCAAGAAGACGCAGACGUCGCGAGCCAAGGACGGAGAUGGCGCCAGCGAAGCAGGCGACAAUGAUGUUCGCUCGCCGGGGAGCACCUCUGUCGAGCCGCGCGACAAGACAACAGUGUCCAACUCGGAGGACGGCACGCCAGCAAACACCUUCUCUCAGGCCUAUGCCGCCCAGCAGGCCGCCCACCAUGGAACAUACGUGCAGUUUAUGAAGCCCAAGUUCGCCAGAGCGCCCAUCAAGGAGGCUGGCCGCGUCGCAUAUCUGGGCGAGUCGUCCAACUUGUCUCUACUGGUCCACGACCGCUACGGAACAACGGAUGUGGUGCACUAUCCAUUGCCGGAAAAUGUGCGUGGUGCUAAAGCGCGUGUGAAUGAGAUGGACAAUAUGGAGAUCGAGAUUCUGCACCAGAGAGGCGCUUUUCUGCUCCCCCCGCGGGCACUGUGCGAUGAGCUUGUCGAGGCCUUCUUCAAGUGGGUUGCGCCAGUGGUGCCUGUGAUCAACCGCAGUCGGUUUAUGCGCCAGUACCGAGAUCCAAAGAACCCUCCAUCUCUGCUUUUACUGCAGGCCGUCCUCUUGGCUGGCUCAAGAGUCUGCACCAAUCCCCAACUAAUGGAUUCAAGUGGUUCUACUACGCCGGCUGCCAUGACGUUCUACAAGCGCGCAAAGGCCCUGUUUGACGCAAACUUUGAGGACGACCGAGUCACCAUCGUCCAAGCGUUGAUUUUAAUGGGCUGGUACUGGGAAGGGCCUGAGGACGUGACAAAGAACGUUUUCUAUUGGACUCGUGUCGCCAUUGUCGUGGCACAAGGAUCGGGCAUGCACCGAAGCGUGGAGGGGUCACAACUAACGCGGUCAGACAAGCGGUUAUGGAAGCGCAUCUGGUGGACACUCUACAGCCGUGACCGUUCGGUAGCGGUUGCCCUUGGCAGACCGGUUGCAAUUGAUCCCGAAGACUCUGAUGUGGAGAUGAUCUCAGAGGAUGACUUUAUCGAUGAUGAGACUGACCGCCCGGCUGAGCACCCCCCAGAUCCAGUUCACGUUCAGUUCUUCAUCAACUACGUUAAGCUGAGUGAGAUUAUGGGUCUGGUCUUGUCGCAGCAGUACUCUGUGGCCUCCAAGUAUCGCAGAGCCAACGCCAUCGACCUGACCCAUAGCGAUAUGGCCCUCGCAGAUUGGCUACAACAUUGUCCUCCUGAAGUACAGUGGGAUCGGACGCGACACCAUUUCUGGGCUGCGUUAUUGCAUGCGAACUACUACACCACCCUCUGUCUGCUGCAUCGUGCACACAUGCCGCCGGCUGGAUCACCGAAGGCCACCAACCUGGACGGCUUUGGUGAAGAGCACGCUUACCCAUCAAGGAACAUCGCAUAUCAGGCCGCGGCCAUGAUCACAUCAAUCAUUGAGAACCUCCGAGCGCAUGACGAGAUACGGUACACGCCUGCAUUCAUUGUCUACAGCUUGUUCUCUGCUCUUAUCAUGCACGUUUAUCAGAUGAAGUCGUCGAACAAGUCAGUUGUGUCGGCGACAGAACAGCGCCUGCAGAUCUGUUUGGAUGCUUUGAGGGAGGUAUCCAAGGUCUGGCUUGUCGCAAAAAUGGUACACACGCUGUUUGAGUCCAUUCUGGGAAACAAGAACCUUGAAGAACGUCUACAGAAAGCUGCUGGUAGAAAUCACAAGAAAAAUAAGCCAGCUAGUGUGCCACCACCCCCGCCAAAGCCAGUACAGGAGGCUCCUAAACGCAAAUUCGAAGAGAUGGAUUUUGGAGGGUUUCCAACAAUUAAUGGACCGCCGGCUGCUCAGGUCUCAUACGAACGUUCAAGGCCCCAGACUCCCGCAGUCACGCCGUCUCGAGAGCUCCCACCUCAACAACAACAACCGAUGCCGCAAAUGUCAGCCGGGUCUCCACAACUGAAUCGCCAUAACCAUGACACUUUCAUGGGUCCAUCACGCUCAGGCACCCGUCCGACAACUCCCUUCAACCCUUCCUACUCAUAUCCUGGCACACCUCCUGACUUGUUCCUGAUAACUCGUGAUACACCAAACAUCAGCCAAGAAGUCUGGCAGAACUUCCAACCAGACCAGUUGUUUCCAGCAGAUACUCAAGUCAACUUCCCUCAGCCAGCCCAAUCGCUAGUUGAUCCAGCAUUGUCACAACCUCAGAACAUGCCCAUGCAACAACAAAGCAACGGCAAUAUGCAGUCGCAACCACAGCAGCCCCAACAACAGAUGCAGAACUCUAUGAGCGGCCAGUUCGACCAAAACAACCCGCAAGCAUGGGCGCAACAGAUGGAGAUGAUGCACCAGAACCAACAACAGAAUGGCGCGCAAGAGGAUACUUGGAGCAACAGCUCCGGCGGGAGACACAACCCAGUUGUGCCGAUGAGUCUCAACGUAGACGACUGGUUCAAUUUCUUUGGUAUCAACGGUGAGGCUGACAUGUCGCACCUCUUCCAACACGGUCCAUCUUGAGAAACGCUGUCUGCCCUGGGUCAGAGACGAUCUCUGCUCAUAAAAUAUAGUGUAUGGAGAGUUGCAUAGCAUUGGCGUUUUAUCGGACAGCAUCAGCACGGAGCGGAUUUACUCCUAUAUACAUGGAAAACACGUUGGUCUGAACUGACUUCUUGCGCAAGUCGUAUCACUUGACUAGUGCGACCAGGUUGCAGGACCGUGUAAGAACAAAUGCGCAGUGGGCUGCCAUGGAUUUGGAGGAUUGAGAAUAGAACACACACAGCCGAAAUCAUCACUGAAUUUGAUCCAACAGCCCCAAUACACUGUACCCUAUACAAAUGAACGAUGGGCAGCUGACAAUGUACGUA